AGCCCAAAACAGAAUCGUCCUCGUGCUGUGCUGAGAGCAGUAGCAAAUUCAACAUCAGCCAAACUCUGUGUAAAGCUUCAUCUUCACUCCGAGCUAAUCUAUGGCGGCUCAAAUCAUUAGAAAAACUCUUACAGCAUCAAAAUUUACCUUCCAUAGUAGAACCCUAACCCCUUUCCAAACUCGCAAUUUGAGUAAGUUAGCAACCUCCCCACAACCCGAAUCCGAUGACCCAUCAUCCUGUUUCACUUUCUCCGCCAACCCGAAUUCUCAGACCAAUGAUAAUAUUAUUAUAAAGGGUCCGAAAAAGAGUGAAGCGGAAUCAGUGACGAUGCCAAUGUCGUUUAUGACAGGAUCAAUUGUUGGGAAGAGGUUUUAUCAGAAAGUGACGACUAGAGAAGCUGAAGAUGGAAAUGGAUGGAGUGUAAUGCUUGAUUAUCGUACUCUUAAAACCCCUUCUAAACGCCCUCUUAAAUGCCCCACACUCAGUCUUGCUAAGGCUAUUGCUGCUGAAUGGGAAUACCAGGAAGCAGAUGGGAUCAGGCCCUUUACUAUGCCAUUAAUGCAACUUUCAUGUACUGCAUUAGAAAGAGUUCCACUGACGCGUCAAAAGAUAAUUGAACAUUUGAUGAAGAAAUUCCCUCAAGAUUUAGUAUUCUAUCGUGCUCCAGGGGAUAAUGAUCUGACGAGCGGAGUUCUUGAGCGACAAGUGGAGAAAAUUGAUCCUCUUCUAAAGUGGGUAGAGUCAGAAUUUGGCUUCAAACCAGCCGUUCAUACCAGUUUUUUUGGUGGCAAGCAAGAUGAUGGUCUUGUUAGUGCCAUUGAAAGCGUUCUCAAGAAAACAGAUGAUUGUGAAUUGGCAACAAUUGAUGCAAUCGCCUCAGCUGCACAUUCGUUAGUCAUUGCACUUGGAAUUUUCCGUGGUAGAUUGGGGAUUGAAGAGGCUAUUGAGUUGAUUAGGCUUGAGGAAGAUUUGCAGGUUGACCGUUGGGGUCUUGUUGAAGGCGGUCAUGAUAUUGAUCUUGCAGAUUUAAAAGUUCAGAUUGCUUCGGCUGUUGUGUUCCUUGGACUUACAAGGAGGAUAUAAUUUUGGUAAUCGUUUAGUGAGUUUUACCUUCUUGUGUAUCUUUAGUACAUUAGCUCAGUACUUAUAGCGUAUCUCAUAAACUCAAAAAGUUUUAAGUCAUCAAUGAGGUGAUGUUGAUAUGUUGGGUCAGUUGUAUCAAACUUAACUGUUUUCACAAGGAUGAAAGAUGCUUACUGGGGAUAACCAGAUGAUGAUGAAUAAUGAGCCUGUUUUUCUGGAA